ACUACCUGCAACGAGGAAGUCAGGAUUUGAAAAAUAAUACAUGUACAGCUACGCAGUUAGCUCCUACUGGGACGCCCUGCAAGAAUUAUCCGCUACUAUACUGCGACGGUUUUCAGAGAGACAUGACGAACACAGAUCCCAGUAUUCAGAACAAGAGGAAGUGGCCUGGGUGGGGCUUAUCCAUAAUGGUAAAACUGGCUGUGUUGAUGAUUGUUCUGUCGGAUCUCUCCCAGUUGGCUGAUGCACAACAGGACGACGAGAAGUCUCCUUUGGCCUUGAUGGAAAGCAACAAGGAAGGUACUGCACUGUCAGCUGGAGAGAAACAAGCAGAAGGACGCUAUUUUAAGGGGGCGCCUGUGGACCACACGUUACCAGUGCGCUUACGGCGAGGCGCGGAUCGCGUGCGGUGCAGAUGGGUGUGCAAGCGUCACUGUUGCAGAAGGUCGGGGUGGUGGCGGCGUCACUGCUACUGUUGUGAAUGGGAAUUCAAAUGUGGUAUUGACUAGGCUGUGACCCAGGCUUCCAAUAGUCAUCUUGUUCUAUUCAUGGUGACGUUGACGGUGUAUAGAGGAUAAGAGAACGAUAGAAAUGACGUAUACGUAAAUGGUGUGAUGUUUGCGCAUUCGGUUGUUGGUCCAUUUAUUACGUAACAGAAAAGAUAAACAGCAUCUCCAGUCAACUCAACCAAGUACGUCGGCCUGUAUGUCUAACUUCUAACUUCAGUUAUAGUUUUUGUCUUCUUUGAUAUUGAUUGAAGCUGCAUUUUACAAGAAAGUCAAUUUUCUAUAGAAGGUAGUACGCUUUAAUAACGCUUUAAAACUGGCUUAGUUCAAUAAAAUCUAUGCUAUACUAAGUAUAAUGAUCAAACGUUAUAUGUGCAUCUAAACACAACUGUGUAACGAAACGUGUACGUGGAUGUACAUAGUUUUACGUAAUUAAGAAGACGUUCAAUCAAUCUUGUCUGAUAACUUUCUGCGGCUGCUCCAUAUAACAAUGUGAACACUCGGACUGUAACGAUUCAUGGCAUCAAAUAAAAGGGCGACAGAAUGACAGCCGGGCAUUCGUGUGAGACGUAA